AUGCCGUGUUCUGCUGGAGAAGAAAAUGUUGGCGAAGCAAUUCCAACAGGCGGCAGGUCAGAGCAGUACUUUGUGCCGUCAGACGCCACCAAGAGCCUGAUAAACUUUGUCAAGGUUGCCUACCCAGACAUGUUAGAUAAGCAUUACUUUCAUUCAUUCUCUCACACUGUUGAAGCAGAUGUGUUCUGCUGUGAUGAAAAAGAUGACCAUCUGAAACCUCUAAGUAACUUGGAUGAGAAACGUGUUGGUAAACGAGAUGUGGCUGUUUCCCACCUCAACUUUGAGUCUAGAUUUGAAAGUGGUAAUCUGCGUAGAGUGAUUCAGGCAUCCAACUCUGAGUACGACUUGAUUCUGAAUGCUGAUGUCAACUCCUCUCACCAUCACCAGUGGUUCUAUUUUGAAGUGAGCAACAUGGAGCCAAACAAACCGUAUAUUUUCAACAUUAUCAAUAAUGAGAAGCCAAAUAGUGAAUUUAACUUUGGUAUGAAGCCAGUAAUGUUUAGUGUACAAGCAGCCAUGCAGGGACAGGCUGCUUGGGUCCAGACGGGAUAUGACAUUUGCUACCACAAGAAUCAUUACUCCCGAGUACCAAAAAGUCAUGAUCAUGUUCGAUUUAAGAAAUCAGCCAACAAUGCUACUACACAGCAACGUUCACUGUGA